CCCGAUUUAUAAAAACUUUUUUUUUUAUCCAUGCAGUUUCUUCCGCGUGAACUUGUUUAUUCGCAUGACGUGAGACACUGGAUAUGAGACAUUAAACCGGAUAUGAAACAGGCCCCCCCUUAGUGUACUGUAGUGUAGUCUUUACACAAUACACACAUAAGAGGUCUGAUUAAUUGGAAGAGACUCAAUGACUCAUCGUCGUCGUCAUCAUCGUCAUUAUUAUUAUUUUUAUCUUCAGAUACAUACGAUCCAAGAAUGUUUGUGAGAAAAUUGUUGUUUAACAUCUCGGUUACGACUGUCAAUACGCUAGUGUAAUAUAUAUGUGUAUUGUAAAUGUAUACAUAUAUAAAUAUCUAACUGAAAACAUCGUUACAAACUAUGAAGAAAAAAAUUUUCCGUACGAUUGAACGUUUUGCUUCAUGAGAAACCUGGAAUGCGUCAUGGAAAAAUAACUUAUAUACAGCGGCCGUACGAGCGCGGCAUAUUGUCGCAGGACUUGUUGCAGUAGGAUUUGCCCUUUGUGGUGCAGUUGAGGUGAGUUCAUCAGUUGCAUUAUUGGCAAAUCAAGAAGACAAUCAUGCUAUCAUCGAUACAUCGUGGCAUUGUGAUAUGCUGGUUAAUAUCAGUCGUCGAAAUCGUACUGAAGAUUUUGAAGUUAUUCUCUUAGAAUUACCGCAAGAAGAACGAGCAGAGUCAAUUAUGAGAGAAGCAUUUCUAUGGGGACAAGUGGCUGGCCCAAUACUUGGAGGUUGUCUCGUUUGGGGCAGAUCUGGACCAUCGAUGGUUUUUUCCCGAGCUGUUUUAGGCGCUUGUCUAGCUUCUAUACUUGUCCCCGCCGCGUGGAGAGGUCCUUCACACGUUGCUCUAAGACUAUUUCAAGGACUUUGCACAGGCGCAACGAUGCCUGCGGCUCAUAUGUUUGCCAUGACAUGGUUCAAAAGUAACCAUCGGAGUUGGUACUUCAGCUGUUACGCUGCUGUCAGUGUUGGCUACUGUUUAACUGGAUGGAUUGGUACUGCCGCAGUAAGAUCUUUUGGCAGAGAUUCUCUUUGUUAUGGUUUAGUAUUUAUAGCACUUUGUUGGUACUUUACAUUUGGUCAUUUUGUAAAAGACACUCCCAAGUCGUAUCAACAUGACACUACGGGUGCUGUGAUACCGUGGGGUAAAUUACUGAGAUCGGUGCCUGUUUGGGCAUCAGCAGUUGCUACGAUGGGCAAUCAAUGGGGCGAUGCUACUCUGGCUCUUGGCAUGACUAAAUAUCUUAAACUUAUAUACGGAUUCUCAACAGCGAAUAAUUCAGUAUUGACCACAUUGCCUCACAUUGGUCACUUCAUGGCAGCUUUAACAUGUGGUCUUCUUGUUGAUCACGUUCGCGAGUCUGGAAUCGUGUCAACAACAACUGCAAGGAAACUUGUAGUUUAUACAGCGCAUUUUAUACCUGCUGCGUUAUUAUUCGUCGCGGGUUACGCGGGCUGUCAAGCUCUUGGCGCAGCUUGGUUGGGAAUAGCUGCUCUACUAGUGUCUGGUACUGCUCCAGCUGGUGCACUUGCAGCAAUUGCCGAUUUAGCACCAGCAGAAUCUCCAGCAUGUGCUGCUGCUGCAUGUGCACUUUGUUCUACUCUUGGUGCUGCUGGACUACUUGCUGCCAAUUAUUUUGUCACUCAAGCACUUCAUGGAUCGAUCGCCGGGUCAUGGCGCCUCGUUUUUGGCGUAGCAUCGCUCGUUCUUUUAUUAACAGCAGCAGUUUUUUUGGCCUUAGGAAAAGGCGUACCUCAGCCGUGGAUUCCCUCUGUCGCACGACCUCGUAGUCACGAUGUAAUUUACGAACAAGAUGCAUUCGAACUAGACUACGAAGACGUUGCCGUACAAACAGAGCCGUUUAAUUCUUACACUCUCGAUGAAGAUAUCGAAAGUAAUAGUAAAGACAUACCGCGAUCGACGUCAAUCCAAUCAAAAUUAUCGGUCGCAACAUCUACUAUUAAUUAAUUAAUCAUAAAUAUAUACCUAUAUAUUUUUAAUUGUAUAUUUUUUAAUUACUUUAAUUGUAAGAUAUAAAAACGAAACAAAAAAAUUUUAAUAAAGUAGAUUAUUUUUAU